GUGUCGAGUCGGGUGGGCGGCGGGCGGGCCAGGGACCCGGCCGGUGACUGCUGCCCUGAGGCAGCGGGGGCGGCGGGGGCCCGAGCUUCGCGGAGCCACGGAGCCGCGACCUGCUCGUGGACCCCGCGCUCGGCGGUCUGCUCUCUGGAGACUAGAGCACCCCGCGUUAACCGAGGCUUUGUCACUCGCCUCCAGCUUCAUCCGCGAGCCGUGACUGCGCGAGCCUAAGAGCUUGCCCUCCCCGCCCCGCGGUCCUGACUCCAACCCUUAGCCGGGGGCAGCGGGAGCCCGAGCGAACAGCAGCGGAGCAUCCUUCGCCCGCCGCGGCCGCGCCACCGCCCAUGCUGCAGCCAGUCCCAGGCGGCGACCCUGUGGCCGCAGCCCGCAGCUCGGUGACCUCAGCCUGGCCCCUUCGCGCCGGCGGAACCUUCCCCGCUGAGCCCCGGGCCCGGGAGCGGGACCCGCGCCCCACAAUGGCUCGGCUGGCACAGCGCGGUGCCAGGUGCCCGCCAUCCGCCCGCUGAGACGCGCCCGGCUGGGGACCGGCGGGGCCUUGGCGCUCCCCACUUCGCUUCCCUGCCGAGCCCUUCCCCCUUCUGGGGGCUCCGUUGCUGCUUCCCGGGGACGGAGUGACAGGGGGGCCGAGACAAAGCCCACUUUGUGCGGGGAGUUGGCUGCGGGCGUGGAAUGUGCGCGUUGGCGCACGCCCCCUCUCCCGCACCCCAUCAGCUGAGUCUUGCUUGGCUCCUGGACUCCUCGCAUCGGAGCAAUCGCGACCCCGCGCUGCCCUCGGUCCGGCGGCCCCCCCCCACCAACCCCCCACACCCAGAGCGCGCACAGGUGUGAGCGUGCUGUAUUUUAUAGUUGAAUUUGUUUCUCUCCAAAACUGGGACCUAGGGCGCCCAGUCGGUGUGGGCACUUGUGCCUUGACUCUUUCGUGGCCCCAGGUCUGAGCUGGCCGGCCUCAGUUUCCCUCCGACUUUUCUCCUCUGCCAGCCCAGACUGCUGUCCGUUAUUGUUCUCUCUGUCAAAUGGGGGUGCUUUGUGAAGGCUGCCAAGGGGUGUAUUUUAUGUAUCCUGUUUUUCAAAAAGAACAAGGCUUGUAAGACUCACCCGGGAUAACGAACCCCCUCUGCCCCGCACUUCGCACUUCACAUCGAGGCAUUGAUUUUUUUUUUCAUUGAGUAGUAUUUUAUUGUACGGGAGCCACGCCCUGGAUUCUUAAAGGCGCCUUGUGCUCUGUUUGACCAUGUGUUAUCUCUGCAGCUGGUGUGUGGGAGACCUCCUGUGAGCCAACUUUUUUUUUCCUGCCUCCUGAUACAUCCUCCCACCCCUGCCAAGGAUUUGGGGAUGCCAGGGGGGAAGAAGGUAGUUGGGGGUGGCAGCAGCGCUGCCGCCCCCACUACCACUGCUGUCCCCUCUGGGGUCAGGCGUUUGGAGACAAAUGAAGGGGCCUCAGCCCAGAGAGAUGAUGAGCCAGAAGAAGAAGGGGAAGAGGACCUGCGAGAUGGAGGCGUCCCCUUCUUUGUCAACCGGGGUGGGCUGCCUGUGGACGAGGCCACCUGGGAACGGAUGUGGAAGCACGUGGCCAAGAUCCACCCCGAUGGAGAGAAGGUGGCUCAGCGGAUCCGUGGAGCCACGGACCUGCCUAAGAUUCCCAUACCGAGUGUGCCUACGUUCCAGCCCUCUACGCCGGUCCCUGAGCGCCUGGAAGCCGUGCAGCGCUACAUCAGGGAGCUGCAGUACAAUCACACAGGGACACAGUUCUUUGAAAUUAAGAAGAGCAGACCUCUGACAGGGCUGAUGGACCUGGCCAAGGAAAUGACCAAAGAGGCUCUGCCAAUCAAAUGCCUGGAAGCCGUCAUCCUGGGAAUUUACCUCACCAACAGCAUGCCCACCCUGGAACGCUUCCCCAUCAGCUUCAAGACCUACUUCUCAGGGAACUACUUCCGCCACAUCGUGCUGGGGGUGAACUUAGGGGGCCGCUACGGGGCUCUGGGCAUGAGCCGGCGCGAGGACCUGAUGUACAAGCCGCCGGCCUUCCGCACACUCAGCGAGCUCGUGCUGGACUACGAGGCCGCCUACGGCCGCUGCUGGCACGUGCUGAAGAAGGUGAAGCUGGGCCAGUGCGUGUCCCACGACCCGCACAGCGUGGAGCAGAUCGAGUGGAAGCACUCCGUUCUGGACGUGGAGAAGCUGGGCCGGGAGGACUUCCGCAAGGAGCUGGAGCGCCACGCCCGCGACAUGCGGCUUAAGAUUGGCAAAGGGACCGGCCCUCCCUCUCCCACCAAGGACCGGAAGAAGGAUGUGUCCUCCCCACAGCGGGGCCAGUCCAGCCCCCACCGCAGGAACAGCCGCAGCGAAAGGCGGCCUUCCGGUGAGAAGAAGCCUUCGGAGCCCAAAGCCAUGCCAGACCUCAAUGGGUACCAGAUCCGGGUGUGAGGCAGGGGGCAGUGCCCCAGUCUCGCCCACUUCUAGGGGCCAAGAUCCACCCGCCAGAGCCAGCCCGGCACCUGGGGAAGGCGGGGCUGACGACAGGGCAGGGCGAGGGGCAGCACCAAGAGCCUAUCCCAGCUCAGCCACCCCAAUUGCUGCCCCUCCCACUGGGCCAUGCCCCCUAACUUUGGACCCAGAGGCAGUUAAGAGUUUAAUUCUGAGUUUUUAACUCAACAACUAAAAUCUAAGGUAUUUGGGAAAAAGUUAAAACUAAUGGAUCUGCCAAUGGCUGGAAGGCUAAUUCUUAGAUCAGAGUGCCACAGGGCUGGGUGAGGAGGGGUUGCUGGCUCUGCUGGUAGCCCUGCCCCUGAGGGCUCUCUGAGAUUUGGGUCCAUCCUAUCUAUGGGGACCCUCCCAGCCCCACUGGGCCUGUGGCAGGACAGGGAGAGGGCUGUCGGUGUUUCUCCAGUCCUGCCUGCCCUGUCAGAAUCUUGACCCAGGGAAAGGGAAGCAGGGUAGGAGCCGUCCUGGGAAAGGUCUGUGUCAUCCGUAUCAGAAGUGUCGCACAGGCCGCAUCUAUCCCAGGAGCCAGAGCCUGUGGCCCAGGAGGGCCCUCAUGCCCUUGUGGCCCCACAGACAGCGCUUUGUGGGCCGACACUACCUAGUGGCAGGGCCCGUGCUGGGCCCGGCUGUAGGAGAGCCCAGGAGAGACUCCCUGGGGGAAGUUCCUGGGCCCCUUCCUGGUCUCCUUACUCAGCCCAGCUCUGUCUGAUGCUCAGGCUAGGACCCGCCUGCAGAGAGGCUGGGCUUUGCCAAGGACCCAGACGUGCACUGGGCUCAGCAGGACUGGGGAUUAAGCAGGAGCCACAGCUGGGAAAGGAGUGAGACAUUCAGGCCUGGGUCUGUCCCUCCCCCCAGCAGUCCCUGGGGUGGCCGCUGCUGCUUACCCCUCCCUGUUAUUCAGCCCUUGCUGGGGAAAUGAGGACCAGACGAGGAUGCCUUGCCCCGGGCCCACCCGCCUCGUUUAGCAGCCUGCUUAGGUGCAGUGGGCCUAGUGAUGAACAGCCGUUGUACAUGGCAGCUCACAAGGGAAGAAGCCUGAACAGCUUCUUCUACACAGGAGUCUACACAGCCUGCCUGGCUGGCAUAGGAUACCUGGCGGGCAAGUGAGAGGUGGAGAGAGAUUGGCAGCACUGGGGGAAGGUGCUGGAAGCUCAAGCAACGAGGAGGUGGAGGCAAGGGGGCAGUAUGGCCACUGAGGAGAGACAGAGCCGGAGAACUAGGGUGUGUACGUGAGAAAAGGACGUGGGGGAGAGUUUAGAAUCAGACUGCCUUGGGGAGUAGUGAGUUCCCCAUUGCUGGAGGUAUUCAAGCAGAGGCUAGAUGGCUGCUUGUCAGGAAGCUAGAGAGAGGAUUCAGGUUAUAGUAGGAUAGCUGGAUGAGAUGACUGUUGUGGUUUCUUAAUACUGAGAGGGUAUGAUUAUGAUUCAUCCAAGGGCAGCUGUCAGUAAGGCUGCAGAGGGGCUGAGGGCCUGGGAAGGGGAGGAUCAGAGCCAGAGUUGUAAACUCAGAUGCCUCCAGGGCCAGGCAGGUGAUUUAAAUGAGGGCUGCAGGGCUGGGUGGGGACUGUGGCAAAUUAAAGAAGACAUACAUACCCCAUUAAAGUAGCCACUGCGGCUCAGCUCUUCUCAGAGUGCAGGCCCUGUGUUGCCGGAAUGUCUCUCUUUUUUUUUUUUCAGAGGCCAGAACUCUGAAUUUCUAUGUGAUACUUGCUAAUUUUUAAAUGUUGGCAAUCAGUUCAGAAAAUUUUAAAACCCAACAUGAAAAAGAAUGGUAGUUUGUAACUUCUAAAGUAGGAGAGCUUGUGCUAGGGAGAAGUCCACUUUGAGAUACUUUGAGGUGGGAGGUAUAAAAGUUCUAGGCUUCACAGAAUAGGCUGGGCCAGGGCAGGGGCCUCGCUGUGGAGGCUGCUCCCAGAGCGGGCGGUGGCCCCACGUCCAUCCUCACUCUCCCUGCAGGCCAGAGAUGCACCAGGAACUCCUGUGGUUGCUGUGUCACCAGAAGGGGUGGAGUGGAGUAGAAAUAAUGCAGUUCUCAGCCUGCCAGAGAGAUGAGAUGGAUGGUGCCUGAGAAGCAAAGAAAGAGGGAGGGAGGGAGACAGGAUGCGUUUACUGAUGUGAAUGCCUGUCAGUGACAGCACCAGGGCUGGCAGCUCUUCAAACCAGCAGUUCUUGGCCCAGAGCCAGGACCAGCAGAGAAGCCAGCUGGUCAGUCCCUUGGAUUUCUCAUGGGUCACUGGGCCCUGGGGAGGUGCCUAACCUGCCCCCUAGGCUACACCCUGGCCAGACCAAUCCCAGGGCCAUUGUGAGUCCUAACUCACCAUCCCAUCCCAUCCCAGUUUUCAGGGAGAGGGGUGAUAAGUCCUCAUGUUCCCACAUUCACCUGAGGCAGAGAUGGAUCCAUUUGGGAGGCGUGAGGCUGAAAAUGAGGCCUUUUGUGCGUCUGGAUGUGGGUGCCUCGUGCAGACCGCUCGUCAGCAGGUGCCCCAGAUGCCCCUGUGGACCACAGGGCUUGAGGGUAAGAUGUGAGCGGGAGCUGGGGUCAGGGAGGUGUGCGGAAGCUGCUCCUGGGACAGGAGCCUAGCAGGACGCUCUGACCCACCAGCUCCUUCCUGAGCCCUCUGGGGAGGAGGACCCCAACCCUGACUGCUGUUAGUGAGAGAGGGAGCUGACCACCCCACCUGAUAACCCCCUAGCACUCCCCUCUUCCUAGCCGAGACCUCGGGCCUGUGGAGACCCACAGGAUACAGGUGCUUUUUAAUUUAUUUUUAACUUUCUUAUAUGUAGCAACCCCUCCUCCCCUCCUGGGCAUGUUUACACAGGCUCUGCUCCCUGGGGCUGGCCUGGCUGCGGAGCUUCUGGGGAGGCAGAGGCAGGGACUUUGGGGCCUUAGUCACCAUCCUCAGUAUCACCUCAUCUCACUUCCUGUGAGGAACCGAGCCCAGCUCCUCCUGACUCGGGACUGCCUUCCAACACUCAGCAUGGGCCCCUCUAUCCCCAGGGGUAGGGGCUGCUGGCUGAGGACAGGUCAAGGGGAGGUCAGAGAAAGCUGCUUGAUGAAGGUGGGUCAGCAUGGGGGUGAUUGCUCCCCAAAGCCUGGCUGCCUGUGCUCUGUGCUGGAUGCUGGGUCAGAACACUGGGAAACUGGGUUGAGAGCCUUCCCACUCACCUACCUGCCAGUCCUCUCCCUCCCAUGGCCUCAACACAGUCCUAUUCCCCUCUCCCAUCCUGGCAGCCACCCCAUCCUUCCUGGGCAUGGCCAAGUCAGGAGAGCAGCGGCUCUCAGCCCCCCAGGUGCAGUGAUGAAGCCUUGGGCCAGGGUUCUGAGAAGCAGAAAGCCUGGAGGUUGGCCAUGUCUGGUUUCUGGCCCUCUUGGUCAUCUCAUGCCCUACACCCCUUCCAGCAUGGACUUGACUUCCUGGCUCUGGGACAGGGUCUAAUUCUGGCCAAUGGUGUGCCCAGAGGCCCAUGUGGGCCUGGGUCUCCUGCAUGGGUUGUUUCUGGCUUAGCUGCAGCAGCAUCGCAGGCCCACCCCGCGGCCUUGGAGUACAGGGGGUGCAGGCUGGACCUGGCAUGUUGACCAUGUUCUUUGUGCCAGAGCCCGGCUGUGCUGAAAUCCCCACUUCCCUUACUCCACUGAGACACUGGUGUGGAGGACGUGGAGGUCCUUGGAGGAGUGUGGGAGGGGAGGGCUGCAGCAGUGCUAGCUGCGAGUCCAUCAGUAUUGACUGCCCCCCCCCCCGCGCCCCAUCUCGGUGCUCCGGAGUCCCAAGUGAACCCUUUUCUUUAAGUCUGACAAGAGAAGAAAUCGGGUGUGCUUGGCCUGGGGGCCUGGUGAUGGUGGACGGCCCCCUCCCUCAAGCGUUUGUGUUGGGCUGCCUGUUGACUGGACUUUAUUCUUCCUCUUCUCAUAUCAAUAUUGCCCCUCCCCUUUCACUUUGACACUUCGUCUCAUUCCUGUUCUCACUUUUUCCUUGACAUGAAUAAAGUCUCCCCAGCUCCAGUUGUGUGGGCUGGGCAGAAACCACAGUA